GUCACUGACAUAUGGUAACGGGUGAUAUUACAGCUAUACAGCCAUCAUUAGGAUAGAGUACCUGUUAGAGGAGUGUAAACAAGGAGUAGAGAUAGACGAGGAAGGAGAAGAAAGAAUCUCGCAGAGUUAGGAACAACACGAGAGGAAAGGAAAGAUGGCGACGAUGCAGAUGUUUGGAAGAACCGGUAACAAAAAGACGGGAAUCAUCCUCGCGGUGAUUGGAGGUCUGAUGUUUGCGAUUGGCAUUGCACUGGUAAUCACGGGCGCUGCGAUGCCCUGUUCUUUUGAUGAAGACGACUGGGACUACGACUGCAAUAGCAAACUUCCUCUCUUUAUAACAGGAGGAUUUAUGCUGCCUUUUGCAUUGAUUAUUCUGGGGUUAGGACUUACGAUCAUUUGCUACAUUCGUCAUGCAUCAUUAAUUACUUCUGUGUCUACGAGGACAGACAUGCAUAUAAGCCAUCAAUAUGGAACAACUACAGUAUCAGCACAGCGGACGGUAGGAAAUUCACCAUAUCCACAGCAGGCAGCAGUUCCUCAGUACUCACAGCAGGCAGCAGUUCCUCCAUACCCACAGCAGGAAGCAGCUCCACCAUACUCACAGCAGGCAGCAGUUCCUCCAUACCCACAGCAGGAAGCAGCUCCACCAUACUCACAGCAGGCAGCAGUUCCUCCAUACCCACAGCAGGCAGAAGCUCCAUCUUACCCACAGCAUGAUUCAGUUCCACCAUACUACCCACAAAAGGAAUCCGGUCCGUCAUACCCACAGCAGGCAACAGCUCCAACAUAUCCACAGCAGGCAGCAGCUCCACCAUACCCACAACAAGCAGCAGCUCCACCAUACCCACAGCAGGCACCAAUUCCACCAUACCCACAGCAGGCCCCAGGUCUCCCACACGAACAAGGCCCAGAUCAGCCCUAUCCUGAAAAGAGUGCAUAUUAAGAGCCUCCACAACUGAGCUUACAUUGAGUACUCACCACGGGGUAACAAUAUAGUGUAGAUCCACGAGAAGUCUACUUUCGAGGCAUUGCUUGCAUGCAGUAACUACAGAAAUGAAGACCAACUAUGUUCAUUGUGGCAGUUAUAGAAAAGGGGCGUGAAUUAGAAUUAAUUUCUUCACACUGCUAGAGAUGUACGACCAGUUUCGACUAUAUACUUAUCGGAAAUAUUUAUUUUUGAUAUUGGCGAAACCGGCCGAAUACGUCUCUUGCGCUGUGAAACUAUAUCAAUAUUAAUGCAUACCUUUUUAUCUGCAAUAAGGAUUCCUGGUGCACUGACGGAGAAAGCUCAGUCAGUCUUUCUUGUGUCUUUUACUUCCGUUUACAACUUCCCUCCUCACUCCCCCUCCUUUCUUUCUCCAUUCUCCCCCUUCCUUCCCUCUCUAAAUACGUUACGAAAUCGUAACAUUAUAACAUAUCAACCUGUAACACUUCAUUAGGUAGCCAGGGGGUCAGGGCAAGGUGUAUAUUCACACACACACACACACACACACACACACACACACACACACACACACACACACACACACACACACACACUACCACUUCUAUUCUCCAAUGUAGUAAUACAAGAACAAAUAAAAAAUGAUAUGAUAUAUCAUAUGUCUUUGUUCAGGAAUUUUAUAAUGUAAUUGCUCUGGAUAUUUCCAACGGUACUCAGUCCAAUCGCAUAAAAAAGGCAAUCAACUCCUAGUCACCAAAUUCAUUUUAGGAAGGAUGAAGCGACGUGUUGAAAGCAGCAAAGGUUGUUGUUUUUAAAAUGCUUUAACAUAUUGGAAUUUAUACCUACAUGGAGCAUCAGACAUACUUAGUGAUAAGGAAGGAUAUACAUGGAUUUAAUUUUUCUACGCUCUGCUGUACUCAUUUGAUAUUAUUCAUUCUUAGAAAACAGAGAUUUGCUUGAUCAAUAACAUUGUUUAAUGUAGUUUGGUAUUAUUUCCCAUACAACACAUUUCCCGGACACACGGAAUUUCAUUAUUUCCAUGUAUUUUUCGUAUAAUUGAAUAAAUAUUCUUCUGUGUAGAAACUAUAUAUAUGACUAGAUAUAAAUGUCCGUAUUACCUUUGACUUUUAUAUUUAUUGACGGUUAUAUUUUUUGUAACUUUGCGAAGAAUGUAUAUAAUUUAUACAAUAGGAAAUAAGUACACAAAAAUAUAAAUUCACGUUUCAAGUCAUGUGUAAUGCUUAUGAUUACGCUCUAGUCUAAAACAGAUAUAACGUUUACAAACAGUCAGAAAUAGGUUUUGCAUGCUAUAUAUAACGGUUAAGGGUAAACGUAACCAUCAUCUCAUUACAAUUUUUUUUUUUAAAUCUAAGGAUGGUAAGAAUGUGGUGAUAUAUCAUUUCUAAUGGUGUUUUUUUUUUGUAUCAACAAUGCAUGUUUAUUGAUUUUUUUAUUAAUGAAAUAAAGGAUGUUAUUCUUAAACUGUGAA